AUGCUAAGCACUAUGAGAACCUCUCGUCCCAUCUUGCUGCGACGGCUCAAAGUUUCGUCCGGACAGCGUGCCGCUCUAUCUCUUUACAAGAAACCUCCAUUCUGGAAUGAGCCAGAGAAGCAAUAUGCCAAAUUCUCACCUGAGAGGGCUGAACUAACCAAAUCCAUUGCCGACUUGAAAAAAAGCUUUCCCGUCCAUAUCCCUCUACCAAUUAGCAAAGGGACUUCCGGUUCUGCCACAAUUGAACAGCGCAAUCCAUCCUCCCACAAGGAUGUGAUUGCGAACUGGCAACCUGCCUCUGAACAGGAUGUCGAGAAUGCUAUUGCUUCUGCGCUAAACGCGAGAACCUCCUGGCAGGAACGGUCUCUAGAGGAUCGCGCAGCUAUAUUCUUAAGAGCAGCUGAGCUGGUUUCGACUAAAUACCGGUCUGAGCUUAUUGCUGCAACAAUGCUUGGCCAGGGCAAGAAUAUCUGGCAGGGAGAAAUCGAUGCUGGGGCGGAGAUCUGUGAUCUACUUCGAUGGUAUGUGCAGUGUGCAUUCGAGCUCCAUUCACAACAGCCCGCUAUCAGUGCACGUGGAGCUUGGAACCGACAGGAAUAUCGCCCCCUGGAAGGAUUCGUCUAUGCUGUAUCACCUUUUAACUUCACUGCUCUUGGAACAAACCUUGCUUUUGGUCCUGCGUUGAUGGGAAAUACGGUGAUCUGGAAGCCAUCAAACUAUGCUCUGCAUGCAAGCUGGCUGCUUUACAAGGUCAUGCUAGAAGCAGGAAUGCCCCCAGAUGUGGUACAAUGGGUCCCUGGUGAGCCUGAGAUGGUAACUCGAGUAUGCCUUUCACACAAGGAACUUGCUGGGAUUAGCUUUACCGGGUCUACCGAGGUAUUCAAAGGCCUUCUUGGCCAGGUGGGUCAGAACACUGCCAAAAACGUCUAUCGCCAGUACCCUCGAGUCGUCGGGGAAACCGGUGGUAAGAACUUCCACUUGGUUCACAAGAGUGCCGAUAUUGAUAAUGCGGUCAAUCAAACUAUCCGUGGAGCUUUCGAAUACCAGGGUCAAAAGUGCUCGGCUACCUCCCGCGUCUACGUCCCCGAGUCUGUCUGGCCAGAAUUCAAAGACAAGAUUGUCGAAAAAACGAAGCUACUCAAAGUUGGAAACCCGGAACAGUACGAUAACUUCGUUAAUCCGGUUAUUCAUGAAGCAUCCUUCGACCGUCUGGCCUCUGUCAUCGAGAAGGCAAAGUCAGACUCUUCGGUCAACCUGUUGGUUGGCGGGAAGGCCUCCAAGGAGGACGGAUAUUACAUCCAUCCCACACUCUACCAAGUCUCAGACCCCCAGCAUGAGCUAAUGCGGCGUGAACUAUUUGGCCCUCUGGCGGCGAUCUACGUCUACCCGGACAGUGAAUGGGAAGAAGUCAUCAAGACUGUGGACUCGACAUCAGAGUAUGGACUUACUGGCAGUGUAUUUGGUCGCGAUCAGGCGGCUCUAGCCUAUGCGGAGAAGCAUCUGAGCAACGCCGCAGGAAAUUUCUAUAUCAACGUCAAAGCUACGGGGGCUAUGAUUGGUCAGCAGCCAUUCGGAGGCACUCGUGGUAGUGGAACCAACGACAAGGUUGGUUCAGUCAAUGUGGUCAGCCGAUUCGUCAGUGUCCGAACUAUCAGUGAAAACUUUGGCAGCCUUUCGCAGGUGGAAUACCCUAGCAAUGAGGUUUGA